UUUACCACAACAUGCGCAUGAAAUCAAAGAUAAACAACGUCCCUUCCAGAUCCAUGCAAUACGCACUGUACGGAAAUACCUCGGGUACGGUAUCUACUUUUGAGUGAUUUCGUCAAGAUGCGAUCAAUAAGGGAACAAAAGUCAGCGUGAAGCUGUCCUGACCAUGUGGGUGAAACCGCAAGAAGUGCUGCUUGCCAAUGCUCUAUGGGUGACAGAGCAAGCCAGUCCAUACUUCUUGUUGCAAAGAAGAAGGGGUCACGGCAGUAGCAGAGGCCUUUCUUCCCUUCUCGUCGGAACUCUGGACAGUGUUUUUGAUACAAAACCUCCACCUUACAGAAUAUUGCACCAAACACCCAAUUCAGAGGUUUUCCAAAUGAUAGCUUGCUCCCUCACACAUGCUGAAAUAGAAGAAAAUUGGGACUGGCUACAACGAAGCAUCAUGGAUACUCUCUCGACUUUUGACACAGAAGAUGAUGUUACCGAGUUUGUUUGCUGCAAAAUUCACUCAUUGAUAGCUAAUCAAACUCCUGUUGUGGAAGAUGAGGAAACAAAAUCAUUCAAAGCAACCGCAUUUAAAUUCCGCAGCUUAUUCAAUUUUCCAGCCGAGGAGAAACUUGUUAGCUAUUAUUCCUGCAGUUACUGGAAAGGCAAAAUGCCCAGGCAGGGAUGGAUGUACUUGACAGUACAGCACCUUUGCUUUUACGCCUACAUCCUUGGUAAAGAAACUCGACUUGUGAUCAGAUGGAUUGAUGUUACAGCUCUAGACAAGACAAACAGCCUUCUUUUUCCUGACAGCAUUAGAGUAGCCACAAGAGAGAAAGAGCAUUACUUUUCCAUGUUUUUACACAAAACGGAGACUUUUACUUUGAUGGAGCAACUGGCGAAUCUUGCUAUGAAACAACUUAUGGAUGAGAAAAGUGGAUACAAUGAAGACAAGGAACUGCUGAAGAAGCUCAGUAUAAAUGUUCCAAGAAAAGACUCAUUUUUGAAACGAGAUCUGGAUGCAAGAGCUCAUUCCGAAGCCUAUCGGCUGAAAUUUCACUUGCCAAACUCUGAAAAACUUGAUGGCACUUCUGAUGCUACGCUCUGGACGCCAUACAACAAGCACCAUGUUUGGGGAACAUUGUAUCUAUCUCAGAAUUUUGUUUGCUUUGAUAGCAGGGUUGCCAACUUGGUUACUUUGGUCAUUCCCCUGAGGGAAGUCAACCUUGUUGAAAAAGUUGAAUCUCAAAAUAUUGGCAGUGACCUUGCAAUGCUUAUUACCAACAAGAACGCAUCAUCACAUCUUUUCUCGAAUCUGAAAGAUAGGGAAUUCGUCAUGAGGAAAAUAUCUGAACUACUCAGUCGCAUCAAAGUGAAUCUCACCACGUCGAUAUCAUCAGCAGACAGCAAUCUUGAGUCAUCUCAUCACGAUGAAGCCAAUAACUGGAAUCCCCAGCCUGCUCUGAUGACACUCUUUGAAUUCCCUAAUCCGACCCCACCAACUAUUGAAUCUGACAAAGAAUCUAACUGGGAAAAGCAUUUCUACAUCUAUGGCAAAGGAAUCACCAUGUACCGUACCGUGGAGCUGGCCAAAAUUGUGCUCACGGGAAUCCCAAAUGGGUUGCGGAGAGAGUUGUGGCCAAUAUUUUCAGGAGCGAUGACGGACAUGUCAAUGGCUGAGCCUGGACUGUAUCGCUCAUUGGUGAACCAAGCAUUUAGCAAAUCCUCAACUGCCAAUGAUGAGAUAGAGCGGGACCUACACCGUUCCCUGCCAGAGCACCCUGCCUUCCAAUCUGAAAUUGGAAUCUGUGCUCUGCGCAGAGUUCUCAGAGCUUAUGCCUGCAGAAAUCCACAAAUUGGAUACUGCCAAGCCAUGAAUAUUGUCGCUUCGGUUCUCCUACUUUUCUGCACUGAAGAAGAAAGCUUUUGGCUACUUGCUGCCGUUUGCGAACAAAUGCUGCCUGAUUAUUACAACUCAAGAGUUGUUGGAGCAUUAGUGGACCAAGGCGUUCUUGACGACCUCACCAGAACACAUUUACCUGAGUUGCACGCCAAGCUUGAUGACCUGGGAAUGAUCCGAAUGAUUUCUCUCUCUUGGUUUUUGACUAUAUUUUUGAGCGUCAUGCAUUAUGAGAGUGCCGUUUUGGUGGUGGACUGCUUCUUUUAUGACGGUGCAAAAGUAAUCUUCCAACUGGCGUUGGCAAUAUUAGAGAACAAUCAAGAUGCCUUGCUCACGUGCAAAGAUGAGGGAGAGGCUAUGCAGCUUCUGACCAAUUAUUUGGAAGGAGUUACAAAUGAUGAAAUAAGUGACAAUCUGAUUUCCCUUCACAGAGAUAAUGAAGUUAUUGUUAAGAGCAUCUCUAUACAAAACCUGCUGUAUGAGUCGUACAGUAAAUAUGGCAGCCUAACCGCCAGUGGAAUUGAGAGAAUGCGUUUAAGACACAGACUGAGGGUUGUCCAGUCACUGGAAGACAGCGUCAGUCGGAAUGUUGUGCGCAGCGUCGCCUCAUUUGGGUUCUUCACGCAAGAUGAACUCCAGGACCUUCUUGCUCUCGUUCGUGAAGAACAAUUGUGUCUAAGAGGAAGCCAGCCAGCACGGAUAGCCAACAUUGAUCCCUCCACCCCUCACUAUGAAAUGUUCAAAGUGGACUUUGAGCUAUUCCAAUCUCUCUUCACUGGGCUCUCGCCCUGGGGCCACUGCUCUCACGCAGAAACUUUAGCUGCGCGAUUGUUCAGGUUGAUGGACAGAGAUGAAGACGGAUUCUUGAACUUCAGAGAGCUUGUUGGAGCCUUAGGAAUGACAUCUUCUGCUGACCUCACUCAGAGGUUGAAGCUUCUGUACACUCUGCACUUGCCCCCACUGCUUUCUCCUUCAGAAAUCGAGUCGCCUCAGCAAGAAAGUGAUGCCGAGGUUGCAGCUGAAGCCACAGACUUCUUUGACAGUUUUGAGCAGCAAGCCAGUUGCUUGGGUUACGAUUUUAUGAAUAGUGCCACGAGUCCUGACUCAGCUGAAGGACCAUCCUGGAGGAAAAUGAGUGUCUCCAGUUUGCAUUCCCUGGUGCUGCCAAGCAACCCAAGCAGACUUCAUUCCAAAGCUAUGCCGUGCAUGGCACAACCCUAUUUCAUAUCACUGUGGAAGACUCUUUAUGACAUGUUUCACGCAGAGCCAGAAGAUGAAGAAACAUACCAUUCAAUAGCUAGCAUUGGUACUCUGCUUUUGCAGUUGGGUGACGUGAAUAAGAAGUUCCUUGGAUCUCGCCAAGCGUCUGUGGAUAGUCUCCAAUCACCCAGCCUGAAAGUUGAGACACCAUCUAGUCCUCGAUUUGUGUCGCCGCCAAACUUAGUUUUGGGAGAGGAAGAUGACAAUGGAAAUUCAUCAGUUAACAUGGAGAGUAGUGAGAGCAGCGGCAGCAAUUAUGCUCUUGCCCUGCCCGCCUCGCCAAGCACUGAUGAGGAUGAAAAAACACCGAAUAAUAAUACAAGGAAAAAAUCAGAUAGUCCUCCACAGUGGUCCAUUACCCUUGAUCAAUUCUUAGCCUCUGCUCUAACAGGAGCACCCAUUGUUUCAUUUUUUGAACGUCGCAUUAACUUGAUUGAUACAAUAGACAGAUUCAGGAAGAGGAGGUAUGUGAGACUUCAGUCAUGGCCACCAGAACCCACAGCUGCAAGUAGUCCAGAAAGGAAGGUGUAAUUAGAUAAAAAAAACUGUUGUUCCUCAUAAUUGUUUACUCCGUGCCAGAGUUUAUUAUAACCUUUUUAUUUUGAUUCAAUUUGCAAGGACAUCAAAAUAAUUUUAAGCUAUUUGUGAUAUUUCAAACAUGUCAUAUGAAAUGUUGAUGCUCAUUUGCAGGGUUAGAUUUUCAUAUUAUAUGUAAAUUUCAAGUCAUACAGUACACUACCCAUACGCACGCUUUUUAUGAUAAGCUAGAUGAUGAACUAAUAAAAGUUUACCAACUGUUCUGUAUUAGGGUUUAAAGUGAAAUAUUGAAAUAUUAUAUUAUGUCUCAUUUCAUUUUAUUUUUGAAAAAUUUACAUUUAACAAGAAAUCUUAUGGUCAAUUCAUGAUGAACAAGUGCAUUAUGACUCAUCGUUCUUUGAAUAAUAUUUUACAAUUUCUUUACUAACUGAAAGCAUAGGAAAGGCAUUUUAUUUUGUUGUUAAUUAGUCUGGUGGUUUUCAAGUUUUGAGAACAAUAAAGAGAAAUGAAAGAAUA